AUGGAGUACUUGCAAGAUCUCGUUACUGAUAUUUUUUUUCUUUUAGAUACCAUCCUCCCUUUACUCCGCGAGCAUUCCUUCUUCUUCUCUUCUCUCCAGAAUCUCAUCGCCUCCGCAACCUCAACAAUAACAUCAUCAUCAUCAUCAUCAUCAUCAUCAUAUUCAUAUUCUUCUUUGCUCUCCGACCUCCGUCACGAAUACCUCGACCCCUACAUCAUCGAGCCGCUCUCCGCCCUGCUGGCCUCGUCCACGCCGGAUCUCGUCUCCGUCCUCCUGCUCCUCGCCAUCUUGUACAUCUCGCUGCGCAUCCUCGACUAUGCGCGCCGCGUCGUCAUGUUCUGGAUCGCACUCGUCUUCCGCCUCGUGUUUUGGUCCUGCGUGAUUGGGGCGGGGCUGUAUGUCUACAAUGUCGGGUUGGAAAAGGCCAGUAGGGAUGUUACUUGGCUUUUGGGCGUCGCGCAGGGGUUUGUUGAGGAUUUUGUGGCGGCGGCGGCGGAGUCAUCAUCGUCGUCGUGGUCGUCGUCGUCAUCGUGGUCAUCGUAUCGAGGCGGUAGUGGUGGUGGUGGUGGUGGUGGUUACGGGAGGUAUUAUUAUUCUAGAUACCAGCGCGGAGGAAGAGGUUUGUGA